UGGGGCAUAUUCCCCGGUCUAUCGCGGUAGGAAGACACUGCAGAUAAACCCAUGCCGUUACCAUUACUAGCGGUGUGGGAGAGUUAACUCGUCGUCUGGCAGACACCGCUGAAACGUGUUUCUGGAUUUUGUAUUGACAUGUAUUUUUAUUUUUUGGGGGGGGAGCAUUUUUUUGUACCUUUUAACUCCCGUCUGUGAUAUUCUUCAACACGGAAUCUGCUGGGCCCUCAAAGCGUGUUUGAUUUGUGCCUCGAGGAUAUCCAGGAUACAUUCCCUUUUCAUUCGCAUAAUGGGAGAUUGUCGGGUUCGUUGUUAUGCAUAUGUUAUAACGCCGUGAUUUUGUGGGUGUUUAAAUUUGUGUUUCUUGCCGUGGAUUGCAAAAUUGGAAUUUCUCUCCCAGGCGACUCAGCGAGAAGGGAAGUAGAGACAGCGUGAGAGAGAGAGAGGGAGAGAGUGGGGAUAAAGACACUGCCACCUCGCUGGAUCACACCACGGGAUUUAAAUAAUUGCAUGUUCUAAAAAAGGAUAUACAUGUGGCUAUUCGGUGUUUAACCGACCCAAUCCGGUUUGCAGGAUGAGUAAAGACAGACCCAAAAGGAACAUCAUACAGAAGAAAUACGACGACAGUGAUGGUAUCCCGUGGUUAGAGGAACGCGAGGUGAGGAAGGUGCUCUACCUUUCUCUGAAGGAGUUUAAGAACACCCAGAGGAACAAGGUGACAGAUGGCCUCGGCACAGGAAACAUCAACGGCUCUUUCCCACACAGCCAUGGCUGCCGGUCAGGACAAAAGGCAGGGAUACUGGCAGUCAACGGUAAAGCUGAGUGCUCACGCUGCUCGUCUCAAAGCAACGACGGCAGCAGCGAGUAUUCAGGGGACGAUCCAGUCAGAAAGAGACCACGGCUGCAGGCUCAAAGGAAGUUUGCCCAGUCUCAGCCCAGCUCCCCCAGUGCCACGCCGGUCAAGCUGUCUGAGACCCUCUUGCCCCCCAGCCCCACCUCUCCCCUCAGCGACCUCACCAGACGCAAGCCCAAGACCGAGGACUUCCUCACCUUCCUCUGUUUACGAGGCUCGGCUGCGUUGCCAGGCAACAUGGCGUACUUUGGGAGUGCCCAGGAUGAUGUGGAUCUGGAGGAUGAAGAUGAUGAAGAGGAGGAGUGUGACGACAGGAUGUCAGCUCACAGCCACAACUCAACUUCCUGUCCGUCCUCACAGCGGAAAAACAAAACAACGCCGGGGAAGAAGGUCUCCAAUGGACAUGUGUUGAAUGGCCACUGCAGGUCCUUACGGGGGAAGGAGCUCUUCCUGAGGCCCAGAGGGAGAGAGGCUAUCCAGGCCAGAGAGAGGGCUGAGAGGGGAGAGGCCCGGAGGGAGAACCACAGGACCUCUACAGGACCCCCAGCCAGGACCUCCAGCACCACCCACAGUCUUCGCCACAGCAGGCCCACCCAGGAGCACCCAAAGCAGGUUUCUAAAGUGAACAGGCUGUCGCGGGUAUCUUCAGCUACCGUACGCAACUCCUGUGCCAAAAAGCCCCCGGCCUCCCGACCACUGCCGUCCAGAACUGUGAAGUCCACAGCCACAGCGCUUCCCAGGGGCCACAUCCCCUACACCAAAGCCAGACUUCUCAAAGAAGCCAGACUUCUCAAAGAGGCCAAACUCACCCUGGACAAAAGAGCCUCCUCCAAAGCUCGCCAACCCCUGAAAAACCAACGGCGCUCUCCCAGUGGCAGUGCCCGCCGCCACCCACGCCCACCACAGUCCAACUCAGGAAAACUCUCAAGCGGCGAUGCAAAGACUCCCAACAAACAGGAGGUACAAUCCAACAAGGCAGCCGGCAGAUGUUUCCUACAACGAGUCAACGGGCAGCUUCACCCACGCCGAUGUGGCGGUAAGCAGGUACUGCAGGGGCGUGAGGGCGUCAGGCACUCCAAGAGACGUCUGGGGCUCCCGGCUGAGGAGUGUCCAACAGAGACACCGGAGUCUUUGCCGGAGGUCAAAAAGGUUAGACUGCAGGUCAAUGCCCCGGAGACGCGAAGCAGCAGGAAGGUCAAUGUCCAGGAGAAGGCUGUGGCGGUGUCCGGCGGCCAUCUUGGUAAGGUCACGUCAUCCCGACCUUCCUCCUCGGAGCAAAGACCCAAACGAGCCUCCGCUGGCAAGCUGAUGUUGACCCGACAAGCACAGCCCAUACCCCCUACUGCUAAUACUACUACUGCUAACACUACACCACCAGCUAAGAACACUACUACUAAGAAAACUUUCCAGGGCACUUCCAAGAACACUUCCCAUGUCACUUCCAAGGGCACUUCCACCUCCACUUCCUCUACCUCAGCAGCCAAGGUGAAACCAGGCACCAGCAGCCCAGCUAAACCAGCAGCAGAGCCUAAAGCAGCAGAGAGGCAGCGGGGAGAUCGGGAAGAGUGGGGAGAGCGGGAGAGUGGGGAGAAGAGAGGUGCAGCACCACCCCCGCCCCUGUCCCUAACCGAGGUGCCAGUGUUCAGACCUAGCCUGGAGGAGUUCCACGACCCCCUGGUGUAUGUGGAAGCGGUGCGGGGGCAGGCAGAGAGCUAUGGGCUGUGCAGGGUGGCGCCCCCUCAGGACUGGAGGCCAGAGUGCAAGCUGAAAGAGGACAUGAGGUUUGUGACCCAGGUGCAGCACAUCCAUAAGCUGGGUCGGCGCUGGGGGCCCAAUGUACUCCGGCUGGCCUGCAUCAGGAAACACCUCCAGGCCCAGGGCAUCUCCAUGGAGGACCCCCCCCUGCCAGGAGGAUGUGAGUUGGACCUGGCCCGGUUCUUUCAGCUCAUCAACGACAUGGGCGGCAUGCAGCAGGUCAGCGACAUGAAGAAAUGGAAUAAGCUAGCCGACCAGCUCCGUAUCCCCAAGACUGCACAGGAUCGUCUGGCCAAGCUGCAGGAGGCCUAUUGUCAGUACCUACUGUCCUACGACUCCCUGGACCCCGCUGAGCGCAUCCGCCUGGAGAGGGAGGUGCUGGAGGAGAAGGGGAGGCUGGAGAAGAAGAAAGGGCCCCUGGAGGGCCACUCAGAUGACUCCCAACAGAGCCUGCUCCAGCUGCCCCGCUGUGAGCCCAAGAAUGGCCUGGUAAACGGGGUGAUCCGGAGGAACGGCCUGCCCAGGAACCUGGAGGAAGGAGCGAAAGAGGGGAAGAAACAGGAGAAGGACAUGUGGCUGAGGUCCAGCAGGAGGAGACUGUUCUCUCAGGAGAAGAAAGGAGGAAGAGGAGGAGCAGAGGAGGAGAAAGAGUUUCUUAGUGACCAGCACAAGUGUAUAUACAGGGGGAAGUCGGUUUCUCUCACUACGUUCUACAGGACAGCCAGGAAUACUAUGAACAUGUGUUUCAACAAGGAGCCUGGGACGGCUGAGGUGGAGCAGGAGUACUGGAACAUCGUGGAGCAGAGGGAAUGUCAUGUUGCAGUGCACUGUGGGAAAGUGGACACUAAAACUCAUGGGAGUGGCUUCCCAGUUGGAAAGUCUGAGACGUUUUCAAAACAUGGAUGGAACCUUACAGUCCUUCCCAAUAAUUCAGGAUCCAUCUUACGCCAUCUUGGUGCUGUGCCAGGAGUGACCAUUCCUUGGCUGAACAUCGGCAUGGUCUUCUCUACCUCAUGCUGGUCGCGAGACCAUCAUCGCCUUCCAUACAUUGAUUACUUACACACUGGUGCUGACUGCAUUUGGUACUGUAUUCCUGCUGAGGAGAAGGUGAAGCUGGACAAGGUGGUUCACACACUGCUGCAGGCUAAUGGAACCCCAGGACUGGAGAUGUUGGAGAACAACAUCAUGAUCUCUCCGGAGGUGCUGUGUCGAGCGGGGGUCAAAGUGCACCGGACCGUCCAGCAGAGUGGCCAGUUCGUCGUCUGUUUCCCGGCAGCGUUCGUCUCCAAGGUGUGCUGCGGCUACAGCGUCUCCGAGACAGUGCACUUCGCCACCCCCCAGUGGCUGAACACGGGAUACCAGGCUGCCAAGGAGCUGAAAUGUCGACGCAUAGAGAGGUCCUUCUCCAUGGAGAAGUUGCUGUACCAGAUCGCAAUGUCAGAAUCUAAACGGGAGAAUGGUGUCAUUCUGAGUACCAUGACCUCACUUCUCAAAGACCUCAGGGAUACAGAGUUGAGACAGCGCAGGGAUCUGUUUGACGCCGGGCUGCGGUCUGUUGCCCGCUACUGUAGCCAUGACAACCAGGCCUCGUCAGAGAGCAGGAGGAUCCAGCGCCAGUGGCUGAGGCUCGACCCCUCGGACCGACGCUGCCAGGUGUGCCAACACCUCUGCUACCUCUCCAUGGUGGUUCAGGAGAGUGAGAACGUGGUGUUCUGUCUGGAGUGUGUCCUGCUGUACGUACAGAAACACAAGUCUUGCCGAGGCCUCAAAAUGAUGUACCGUUACGACGAGGACCAAAUCAACCAUCUGGUGAGCAGGGUGUGUGGGAGAGUGCUGGAGAGGAGCGGUGCUGAGAAGAGGAGAGGGACGAGAGGACUUCAGGGCCUCGGUGAGACGUCCACCCCGGCCAAACGCAGCACCCGAAACAGAACCUCCAUCACUGUGUCCCUCACCCGCCUCCCCUCCUCCACCCUGCCCAAGACCGCCCUCAGCUCUAAAUAACUCCCAUCAUGGGCCGCGCUCCAAUACUUCACAUCCUUCCUUCCUGGGUUCUUUGAGGUAAACACAGAUUUACAAGUGGUUAGGUUACUACCACCCAAUUACUGUCACCAAUCCAACCAAUUCGCACCUGUGAUUACUUCAAAGGAAGGAAGGAAGGUAGAAAGGAAGGACUUCUGAAGUAUUCCAACAGGACCAGUGCUUCACGACGGUACAUUUCUCUCUGCUCAGUGUGGAGAAUGUGCUCCUUAAACCACGGCUUUUGCACUAGCGUAAAAAAACAUGUUCUUUUUAAGAGGCAUUAAUGGCUGGUUUCAGUUCCGUAUCGGAGGAUCCGCGUUACAGCUCAAUUGAAAUUUGAAGGCAACGUUCCCGCGUUCGCUGCAUAUCUCAGCUCGAUUGGAAAUUACCUUUAAAAUGUUAGCGCGGAUCUUCAGCGAUAUGGAUUGACUCCAGCCCUUCGUCCAAUACUGUAUAUUGUAUCUAGAUAUCACAAUAUCCUCCUAGCUACACCUACUGUUAUUACCUACAGACUUCACUUCCCUGGUGCUACAUCUUGGUGCUCAAUUUAUACUGUCAUUGGUGUAGUAGUAAUAAUAAUAAUGAUCAUUUCUGUUUUGCUCAAAGCCAUUGGACUGCAUCCUGAACUGUGAACACGUUUUUAGAACUUGUUACCAAUAAGUUGAUUCUACACACAGUUUUGCGUUAGACUCCAACCAGUAAUAAGGCUCUUCAGGGGUUUGUAAUACAUGAAUACGAUAAAGUUUUUUCCAGCGGAGCGCAAAAUUGGGUCGUAUUUAUUAGUGCUAAACGUAGCAAAACGUUUUGCAACAGAAAAACAAAAAACAAGCGUUCCUUAUUGGACAUGUUCAGGUAGUCCCUCCCCGUUUUGGCCCUUUUGCUUCUGUUUGGUUCCUAGUGAAUACGACCCUGGCCUCAGUAUAAAACAGGGCCCCUUCUCAGAUCAUUGAUGUUCUAAUUAUUUAGAGAAUUGGCCAAGAGUGGAACGGUCCUCGUGGGCUUCACACCGCUCAUCUGACCAUUUUGGUGUGAAACACUGUGCCUAAACAAAAUGCAUACUAAUCAUUUUUAAUCACUUCUGGUGCCGAUAGUUUUUGUUUUGUGACCAAGUUAUCCACUCUAGACCCUUAUAGGCUCUUGACCUGCAACUCUUGGGUCUCUGGGACUGCGUUCCAAAUGGCAGCUUAUCCCCUAUUUAGAGCACUAGUUUUGACCAGAGCCCCAAGGGCACUAUAUAGGGAAUAGGGUGCCAUUUGGGAGAGUCACAGUCCAGGUGUUUUAUCAAAGAAGAAAAACUGAAAACCACAACAGCAUUGUACAUAUAAAACAAUGUCAAUGUCUAAAGAUACAUGUACCUGAGCCUUUUAAGGAAUGGAAUGGUGUUUUGGAGUAGGGGAUUUAUGGAGUAGGGGAUUUAUGGAGUAGGGGAUUUAUGGAGUAGGGGAUUUAUGGAGUAGGGGAUUUAUGGAGUAGGGGAUUUAUGGAGUAGGGGAUUUAUGGAGUAGGGGAUUUAUAGAGUAGGGGAUUUAUGGAGUAGGGGAUUUAUGGAGUAGGGGAUUUAUGAAGGAAAAGCCUUACUCCCACCCCCCCACCCGUUACUUCAUCUGUGGCCCCGUAUACACUCAACGGUUGUGAUACAAAACAAAUAUAGAAUUACACAAGCGUUGUGGAGACAGUGAAAUGGUUGUGUAAAUGUUUUUUGUGCAGACCAAAAAAUAAUAUAUUGUAUCACAACCCUUGUGUCAACUGUAUUGGACAUUAGUUGUAUGGGGCCAGGGUUGCCCUGGUAACAUGUAUGGAGAAGUGCUUCUUAUAUCACUGAAGUACAGCAUAGUUUGAAUCCCCUCGUUUUUUACCUUUACUUUUUUAAGAAAAGGGAAAAUAAGUAGAAGAAGAAUAAAAUUCUAAAAUCUACUAUGUACAGAAGGAGUAACUCCUGUUGUUGCACUCCAGCCUCGAGACAAGAGUCCUUUAAAUCAGCUUGUUGAGACCCCUUACAAAAACAAUCCAUUUUCAAAGUUCACAUAUAUACAGUUUGAUGUUUUGGUUGUUUUUUACAACAGGCCCAUUACAGCCGACCGUCUAAUUUAUUAUCUCUGAUACUGUUUUCCUUCCAUGCUGAUUCAAGUUGGACAAUGACUGUUUUAUUUUCUAUUUUAUUUGUUAGUACCCAUUAAGGUUGAAUAAAAAGGUUUGACAGUGUCUAUCCAAA